AUGCGUGCUCAAGCUCUUUAUGACUGGUCACUUGCAGCUGAAUCCGACAAUUGGGUGCUAAACCUCGAGUAUUAUGCUCAUAACCAACUGUUCAUCUCAUCAUCCAGUAACGGCUCACUUCAUGGGUUUCUGGUUGCUAGUCUCAGCAGUUCGCCAUAUUUCUCGAUUCCGAAUGCUCAUGAAUCGAGUAUAAACAGUAUAAAAAAAAUAGACGACUUCACGUUAGCCUCUUGCUCUACCGACGGUGUGAAGAUAUGGGACCUUAGAGCUGGUUCUACUCCAGUUCACACCCUUACCAACACCAAGAACUCCAACUUCCUCAGUUUGGGGUAUGGUCACAACCUCUUGGCAGGUGGGACAGAGUUGGUGGGUGUCGAUGCCGAAUUGCAUAUUUGGGAUUUGAGAAAUCCAACUGAAGUCGUCAGAUCGUUUGUGGACUCACACCAUGACGAUAUUACAUGUAUCGAAUUCCAUCCUACCAUUUCUAAUUACUUGAUGUCUGGCUCAACAGAUGGAUACGUCAACAUAUACGAUCUCAACGAAAAAGAUGAGGACGAUGCCUUGCACCAAGUGAUUAACUUUGCCUCGGUUCAUUCGUGCCAUUUCACGGGUCCAAAACGAAUUUCUAUACUUUCUCAUAUGGAAACUUUAGCUUUCUACGAAUUGAAUGACACCAAUUAUGAAGUUAUUGCUGAACCAGAGCCAAAUGAUCUUGGUGAUGUGAGAUCAAAAUGGCCUGAUUGUGAGUAUAUCGUAGAUCUCAACACUCAAGGAUAUGUUGGCGUGGGUGCAAAUUCGCAGAGAAAAUUCUCUCUUUUUCCAUUUGAUAUUGCCCACGAGAAAAUCGACCUUUCCCGACCUACAUGGUUUGCUGAUGCACAUGGAGAAGAGAUUGUUCGUGACUUAGUUGUGAUACCAAAUACAAGAAAUGCAUUGACUUGCGGAGAGGACGGUCACAUCAGAUUAUGGGAGAUGCCCUAUGAGUUAGAAAUAGCAUCCAAUUCUCCACAAGUAGCAGAAGAAGGUACACAAGACAUAGAGGUGGACUCUGAUCUGGAUAAUAAAGAAAAGAAAGAAAAGAAAGAAAAGAAAGACAAGAAAGACAAAAAGGACAAGAAGAAAAAGAAGAGCGACGUCAGGUUCAAACCCUAUUAAGC